AUGAUCAUCACCCCUGAGGUUAGUCUACCUGUGCUCACGGAUCGAACGAAAUAUACAAUUUAAAUUCAAAUUAAAAUGGUUUUCGUAUAAUUUAACAAGCUCCAACACACUUUGCUGUAUUAGUUGAGCUAUAAUGAACAUGGGGAAAAGUACCGAAGUACCGAUUAUGAAUCAAUUCUUAGGAUGGCAGAUAUGAAUACCUUGGAACAUAGACGAAUAGAACAAUCCUUAAUGAUAUUUUUUAUAUGUUUCAAGGAGAAUGGUCCAGGCUAUGUAGCCAAUUUAUUCAAAACCCGAGUUACACCAUAUAAUCUUAGAAGCAAUGGUCUGAAUGUUGUUCAAACCUCAUAUAAUAGUAGAUUCCUUCAUGGUUCAUAUGCGUACACGAUCUCGCACAUCUGGAACCAGUUGCCAUCUGCUGUAAAAAACGCACCUAACGCAUCAUCCUUUCAGAGACUUUUAACUAAGUUAAAUUUUAUCGGCUGUCAAUGCAGCAAUUGCCUUUGACCCGAUUUAUUUUUAUAGAUAGAUGUCAUUUUUUUUUUUAAUUUAAGUAGUUGCUAUUGAGAUAUUAAUUAAUUAAUUUUUCUUUUAUAUUGUCAAACACUUUUAUCAUGAGCCCGAGGCUCGGGGGAUUGGGAGACCACCCCCUGUGUAUCUGACAUUAAAUAAAUUAUCUUAUCUUAUCUAACGAUGUUCAUGAUACGUUUCAUGUUUUGAAAAAAAAGCUGCGUUUUCCAUCAGACUACUGAUGGUGCUACAAUGACUUUCCCACCGUCUACCUAUUUUCAAUACCUUGUCGGAACAUUGAGUUCUGCACUAGUUACAAUUUGCAUGUGAAUUACUUUACUUCACUUAUAUUUACUUUAUUUUAAGUCUCGCCUGCGAAAUCAUCAAUCGAUCCUCUCCAAUAGGGUACCGUCCGUUGAAGCCACCCCUCUAGGUAAUCAGUAAGUACACACGUGUACCCCAUUUGAUAAACCUAUAAAGCUCUAUCUAUCGGUAUUUUUCGAACCCAGAGUAUUAAAUAUUGGCAAUUCGUGAUCUAUGACCAGCACUAACCUCAUUUGCUGUAAGCUGGUAUCGUUUCAAACCUCGUUAAUUUUUAGAAACAACUGUCCUAAAAAAUGAUGCACCAACGAUUUCAAAUGAUUAACUGUCAGACCUGUAGAUCGAGAUUUACAGUUUCGCUUUACGGUCUUCAAUAUGCAGGUAAACUUCACUGACAUGUUGUGCAAAAUAUUACUGUAAGACAAAGGACCUUUUAUGAACAGUCUACAUGAUUAAUCCCUAGCCAAUUGCAGUGACUAUUAAUGAACUGACGAGGAGAGCUUAACAAUGCAUCCAAAUUAGUCUAGGGAUAAAAGACUUAGUUUUAGUUUUUAACAAGGUUCGUGAUACUGCAUCAGUUCGAAAGUGAAGCACGAUAAUUUUGUUUAAAUUAGAUGGAACAUUAAGGUAAUAUAAGACCCACUGAUGUUACCUAUUUCCGCUUAUCACAACUUAGCAGUCCUGCAAGCAAGCUUUCCUUUUGAUCCAUUGGCGCAAUAAUUGCGCUAAACUAGCCGCUCGGGCGUCAAUUUACGUUUUAAAUUCAAGAGAUUUGAAGUCUUUUGAUUAUUAUAAGCCUCGAAUUUGAGGCUGUUUCGGUAAGUUUGGUUACCUUAGUUUAUGCCAUGGCAGCUAUAUAGACCCGCGAGUUCAGAUCAACUGAUCGGCGCAUAACGACAACUACAGAUUUUCCGAGUUAAGUAUCCGUAUGUCAUUCAACUUUCAAGUUCAAACACACUUGAGCUGAUAAAACAAGGAACUGUGGGAAUGGAUAACGGAUAAAAAUUCAACCACCACAGAGAGCAAUCCGUGGCUUUUACAUUUUAAUUACGUAUUGAAGAAACGUUAUAAUUACAUGCAUACAUACAUACACACAUACAUACAUAGAUACACUUUAUUACGACUCCUCUGUCGUAAUAUACAAUAAUAAAAUUACAAUGGGGCAAAAAUAUUUACAUCUGUUGCCACAAGAAAUAUUUACAUGAGUUUAUAUCUACAGUCAUAAAAACUUGAUUCAAUCUUAGAAGAGUUUCCAAGAAAGUGGGCGGCCACUUUCAUUUUAAACCUUGAGAUAUUGUUUAAGUUCCGAAUGUUUUCUGGGAGUAGGUUGUAUUCUUUUGCCCCACGAAAGGCGAAAGAGUUAUGACCAGUUGAUAAUCUGCAUUUAGAUAGAUUCAACAAUGACAUGUUUCUAGUGCUGCGUCCUGACAAACCAAAUAAAUCAUGAAAUAAACUACAAGUCGCAAGGCUAAUUCAGUAGAAAUCGUUAGUUCAUUUAAAUGAUUUGGCUCAUGAAUUUGGGCCAGUAACAAGAAGCUACAUUUCCAUUCGUUAGAACAUUCAUUAGUAGUAAACAAUAUAGGAAUACAAAGAAAUUAGAGUACGCUAAACAAUUUUCGGAAAACAAAGUUAUUCACAAAACCACAAAUAUUUGUAUUUAAAAGGUAAGCUCUUGAUUCAUCGUUUUCUGUGAUUAGCUCAAAAUGAUGCAGUAAAUUCUUUUCUUAAAUCAAACCCUUUUUUUUAUAAGUAUGGCAGGGAGUUCCACCAGGUCUAUGGAAAUGAAACGUAGAAAGAAAACGUUCGUAAACGUAUUCCUUUUUGUUCAAGGCUCCCACGGGGCUCUUGCAGAAUGUAUGCAACUUAGUAGUUUCCGCCAUAAACUAUGAAAUUGAGUUUACUGUACAUUAUUGUUGCUUCGCUUUCGCAGUUGAUCUUUUUAGAACUCGAGUGUAUAUUUUUACAAACAAAGACAACUAAGAGAAGACAGUAAUUCCCUUUUUAACUCCGUAAUUGACUGAUCCACUCUUAAGGUUGCAAAUACAUUAUAGGAUAAUUAUGAUAAUUGAUAACAUAGAAGCCGGCAGGAACGGAUCAAUUAAGGUUUCUGGGAAACUGCCCACCUACCCCUCCCCUAAGCUAACAUUAACACUCACUUCUCACUUAGGGCAAAAUGAUGGCUUAGGGGAGGGGUAGGUGGGCUGUACCCUGACCCGGGUAGUGAGGCAGCUGCUUGUAAGGUCUCUCCUGGAGUUUUCCUUACUGGACUUCAAAUAAUAUGUACAUGUUACAUAUACUAUUUUUUUGAACCAGUGUUUAUCGUUGUAAACACAGGUAGUUGUAAUAUGAAAUGAUUAGUAAAACUGUGGAAUUAGUGACCUUAUUAAAAUAUCACACAAAAGCUAUUCUAACCUUCAAAGUCAAAGUUUUCCGUACUGAACCUCCUAACCUCCGAAUAUAAGCCCCUCAAAAAGGGCCUUUAAAAGCCCUGGGGCUUAUUUUCGGAAGGUUACGGUAUUUAACUAAGAAAAACGUGCGCUAUUACUUUAUUCAGUAAUAAUCUAGUAACUGUAGAGUACCGCUUUUUAGCCCUUCUCGUAAGGGGUUUUAGACGGGCUUGGCAAAGGAAGCUGGGCUUGUAGUACUCGAGGAGCCUUAUAAGCGGAAUAGAAAAAGUGCUUCGAAACAAGCUCUAUCAGUGCUCAAAAAACUGAGAUUUGUGUUAACUUGUUAUUAAUUGAGCUUAAAAAGGUCACAACAAUUAGAAUUCAUUUCAAUAUAUUUGGAACAGGACAUAGGGGGUGGGGGGUUCUUACAUUCUGAGGCGUUUAUAAUAGGAUGCGUUUUUUGUUUACAGGCAGAUGGGCCUACAACGGGAGCAAUAUAAGCGACGGUUUACUGUAUACGCGCCGGGGAGCAUUCAACAUAAACUGCUGACUAUGGCCGGAUUUCAUUUACAAUCCGCUAUCGUUACUAUGGUUGAAGAUAAAAUCAUUUAUGGCGGGAAUGUCAUUCUGAAUUUUAUUGUCUCCCAUGGGAGCACAACCUUUCUACUCAGGUGUAAUAAUCUAAUACCUCAAUACCAUUUUCAUUUCACUUAUUAUAUUCUUAGACCCUGUUUACAUGGAGUGGGGGACCCCGGUCUAGUGGAGUAGGUUUCUUUUGUUUUCACGCUCUGGCGGACACAAAACAAAAGAAACCUACCCCACUAGACCGGGGUCCCCAACUCCAUGUAAACAGGCCCUUAGAAAUCCUUACCACUUGUGCAAGAGUUGAGAGUUAAGCUAUCUAUUGGAGGUUCCCGACGGAAACAAAACACAAAUUAAUAGAAACAUCUCGUGGAUAACGAUAUCCUUUUGAAUGAGAACUAAAUCUGUGAUGUUAUUCAUUCGUUUGCGUACAAAAUAACAAUAAAAUAAUCUGAAUUUACUAUUUCUAUUCUAACUGUAUAAUCCUAAACAAAGGCUUUCAUUAAAAUAAAUACACUGCCUUCUUGUAUUUCCACCCCUAUGGUACAUUUCAAAAGUGUGCUUUCAACACCAAAAGCCAAAGAUGCCUCUUUGGCGCCACAAAUAAUUAAGCAAAGCAGUUGAAUAACUUAACCAUUUCAGCUUAGCCGUUCUACGAGCUGCAUCUCAGAGACGUUCUGACUGAUCAUCAAAGGUAAGCUGCUCCUUCCUUUGUGAUUGCUGUUAAACUAGAAAAAAAGAUUUAUUUAGUUAAGGAAAGUAGACUAUGGCAGCAUAUGAGUUGAACGCCAAAAUCCACAGUUAGUGCUGAGAUUUACGCCCUUAAGUAAAUGAAUCCCUUAGCUUACUAAGCACAAACAUGCAGAUGCAGUGACAUGCAGCGGUUUCCACUGCUUGAAGUGUUUCAAAUGGAGUCCUUCUGGUAGUUACAGUUAGCUCAAAGAUCAAAGUGAUCAGUUCAAGCCAAAUAUUCAUGAUCUGUUUCAAAGUCGGACGGCAAAAAUUUCAACGGAAUCAUAGUUCCUUCCCCUUUUUCGACGUUGGCCUAUUUUCGGGCAAGAAAGGCUGCUUUUUCUAUACGAAAGUGUUUAUUUUACAGGCUGAAUCGAUUAAUAACAGCUGUCAUUUUCCGUAGGUCCGAGUUUCUUCUACGAGAUUUUACUUUUCCUUUAUUGUCGCUUUUCACAUCUUCUUUCCUGUUAUAAUUAGUUUCCCACUGAUAACAAAGAUAAUAAAAAUAAUUUAGAAACGGUUAAAAAUGGCGCAGAAUAAUUGCUUUGCCGCCAACGUAUCGACGCGGACAAGAUCUUAAGAGCGUUCAUUCUGACAAUUUGAAUAGCCAAAGUUAGCCCAGAGCUCUUGUAAAAAUAACAGAAAUGGAUUUACUCAAAUAUCCUAUUCUCUUUUAGACCGUUGUACAAAUUGUAAAUUUUAGACCGUUGUACAAAUUGCUCCAUUAUUGUAUCCUAAUUUAUUUCCAAACCCUAGGGAACCAACCGGGCGAAAGGCUGUUGCUUAAUUACUAAGUUGAAAAUUUCUGAGGUUCCGACUUUGUUUAAGGAUCAAUGUUACUUUUGGGAAAAAUAAGCAUUUUCUAAAAAAGAGUGAGAUCGUUUAAGAGGCGGCGAUAGCCAGGAUUAAACUGGUUUCACAGGGUUUCAAUCGGGUUCUUCAAUCCCGUUAUCCCAACCCACGUUUAAUUUCGCACAGUCCCGUAAUUCCCAUGCUUAUGUUCGGCAUCGAAAUAAGGCAAAUCCCACAUCCCGAAAAACCUAAAUAUUGGGGCCCCUCUUUUCAGAGAGUACUUAACUUCAUUUAUGGCGGGAAAUGACUGCAUAGUUUAACAUUCUAUAAUUAAGUCUGCAGUUAGAAUAACAACCUUGUACUAAAAUGAAUAAUUUGGAGUCUUUGUUUUAGUCGUCCCAAGGGGCUACUAAACAAAGUUUUAUACCUCUUUUGAACACCUUCUACUGACUAAAUGGUAGAGACUUUAACACACCCAGUUUAGAACUUUACAUCCCUUUUACCCUGGGCAAAAGGAAAGGCGGACCCAGGGCGGCGGGGGCCCGGGGGUCCCCCUUUUUUUUAAACCAAACUGAGGGCCCAAGGGGCGGAAAAAAUGUUUUUGGGGGCCCCCCCCCCCCCCCCCCCCCCCCCUUAUCUGAAGGUCUGGAUCCACCACUGUGUUGGAACAGUAAUUGAUAUAAUUGUUGUUUGUAAAACCUAGACCAGAAACCUGUAUACAGUUGAUGAAAAAAAUCGGGGAUAGGAAAGAAAUCACACAAGAUCUUUGAAAAUUCUUUUACAUUUCCUUUGGGAACGCCGAUGUCAGUUUUAUUUUAAAAGUCGAUCCAUUAAACAGAUCAGAUUUCCGAUCAGUUUUUGAAACGUUUCUGUCAGGAGUCAAGUAUCGUUCCUAUAAUAUUGAAAAAAAGCCAAAUCCUCUUCUGGUUAUCAAUAUAUAUUACUCUUGUACUGAAAUCUGGCGUGUCAUAGCGUGUCUCGUUGCACGCUAAAUAUACUGUAUUUCGCACACUUAGGGUGAACUCAAAAACAGAAGUUUUAGACUGCUUAGCUCCCCUAGAAAAGAAACCGAUAGUUAUGCAGUGUACGAAAGGUUUGGCGUGCUAACUUUCUAGCUCCCACAGAAAAAAAUGGAGAAGAAUACAACCUCGUUCCCCGGAAAGGAGAGAGCCCUGGGAACUAGGUUGCGCAGGUUCGGUUCCUUCCUUGUUUCGCCGCAGAUGGGAUACACGUUAAACCAUUCAACUCAUGGAUUCGCAAUCCAACUUCUGCUAUUACUUUGGUACUACACCUGUUAACCAGCGCUUUUUAUGCGAUUGUCACACAUACAUAUAAUUAUAACUAUUCGUUAAGGAAUUUUAGGAACUAAAAGGGAGAGACUUUAACCACCCCAGUUUAACACUUUUCACCCCCUUCACCCCCCGCAAAAGCAAAGGGGGAGCCAGGCCGGGAGGGGCCCGGGGGGCCCCCUUAUUUUUAAACCAAACCGAGGCCCGAAAGGCCGAAAAAAAAGUUUUUGGGGACCCCCCCCCCCCCCCCCCCCCCCCCUCCCCCACCACCCCAUCCCCUUAUCUCACGGUCUGGAUCCGCCACUGAAAUGUACUAAGCAAAAACGUUUUCUCAACUAUUUCACUUUUUACAAACCAAAAUGAAAGAUUUCCCUAUCAUUUCAUAUACUUCAAGGAAUGAAAUUCCUACUCUUUCAUAUACCUGAAGCCUAAAACAGAUACCCCUUUCGGGCGGAGCCUCCCCGCAUAGGUCAUUAAAGGGAGUAGCCCCGGGGUGAUCGUUGUUAUUGCUGUUGUUCCACGUUGCACUCUUCGUUUUCCCUAAAAAUCUUACCCUGGCCUGGCACAUUUUUUAAGCAUUAGUGAGUUUUUGCCUCACAAACCAUGUCAUUAUGUUAGCUUUAUAAUAACUUUUAAUUUUGUAUUUUCGUGUCUUGAAAAUUUUAUUUCUAUUUUUAAACGUCGCUUUUAAGGUGAUGUUACGCGGGACGAUUCGCAACGACGAUUUUUGGCACAACACAGCACUGCAAUGUUAGAGCAAUGUUGUAACCAUUGGAAACAAUGACGCAACAAUGUUGCAACGCUGUGUUGAGCUAAAAGUCGUCGUUGCUUAGUACUCAUCUAGUAGCUUUUAUCACCCGAAUUCUUCACUGUUAUAUUGACUUAAUUGCUUAUUCAAAUAUGGUCUCUUUCUUUGUUUGUUUUUGUUUUCAAUAGUUGUCGUUUGAUUUUGUUUCGUUUUGUUUGAACUUUUUUCUACUUACAUUGUUCCAGCUUUUUGUUAAGAUGAUAUUUUAUUCUUCAUAAUUUUCAUUUCACAGACUGCCAUUCUUCGUCAAGAAUGUAUUUCAAAACAGCUUGCUUCCUGAUCUUGGUUUUUACUUCUAUUCUUAAAGCUGAAAAACCUUCACAACCUCAAGGUAUCUUUUAACAGUUCCGGGUAAUUUUAGUUGCUGGAUAACAUUAGACCUUCCCCGUAUUUAUUGCUUAAAAGCUAUUAACGUGAACACGUUUGCGACAUCAGGCUCUCAGAGGUUAUCCACAUUUGGUAUCCAGGUUUAAGUGCCAAGCUAGGUACCGGCACAAAAUAAGCGUUGUGUUCUCCUGGGCCCAGUUGUUCGAAGGCCGAUUAGCGCUUAACCUAGGGUUAAAUUUAACCCGGGUUUCUUUUUCUUUUAUUCAAAAGCAUUUUCUCGGAUAAUUUUCUCCGCUAUUUUUAAGAGCAUCCAAUCAUCAACUUGCUGAGAGAAAGAAUUAAACUGAAUUUACUUUUAAGCUUUCAAAUCUGAAUUUAAACUUCGCACUAGCCCCGGGUAACAACCCGGCCCUGGUAUGUAACUGAAUGUGUACAUUGUUACUCCAUUUCGCCCUGUCAGACGCCAUUUUGAAACAUAAACUUAACAUCGUGCAUAAAGCAGUGGAUCCGGACCCCCUCAGAACUAGAAAAAAUGUCGUGCACACAGGAACGUACCCGGUGCUCACUUUUGUGUCCGAGUAGUCUCGGGCCCCCGGCACUGUACUUGACCUUGUAACCGGUCACCGUCACUGUGCCCGAAUUCUAGAGUGGGUACUUGAAUAUAGGUUGUGUUCACACUAGUGCCCAGCGGGUACCUGGGUGUGUUCGCAUUAGUGCCCAGCGGGCACCGUGCUCGGGCACAAAGUUUGAACGCUGCCUUUAGUCAACGUCCUAGCGAAUCCAGGAAGGCUGAAAUCACAAACUUAAUUGAAUUCGAAAAUAUCUGGGUUCACUCGUCUACAAGAAGUUUCGCAAGUCCGUCAGAUCCAAAAAAAAAAACUCUGGAGAGCGGUUUCAAACAAUGCGGUGUCCGUGAUCAAAUUCACUGGUUGCGUGUGGCCCUGGAUGGAAGGCCAAUUGGUGUAAGUAAAAAAUACAUCAUAAAAACGAGAGUUUUGAAGUUUGAAAGAUUCGUGACGGAUUUCGUGUAGACGGGGUCAAGUUUUGAAAAUUUUUACUCCAAGACAGAAGCGACAAUUUUCGCAAAAAGGCGUAUAAUUUAAUUUUGUGGUUUGAACUCUAUGAUGCACUAAGAGGCCAUUAGUUGGAGCUCCGUGUUCAAAUGAUAAAAACCUCUAUCAAACAAAAGCUAAACGUUCCAUAAAAACUAUAGUUUUUACCAGAAGGUAUUUGAUGCUUGAAAAAAAUAAACCAUUUUACAGAAACCAGGAAAUGAACAAAUCGUUUAUUUUCCAGAUUUUUCUAAAAAAGCAGUUGGCAUCUGUCAAGUUGUAUCUCAUAUACUCUUACUAUCAUUUUGAGUAGUCAACUAGUCUUCGCUUGUUCCGAAAAAAAAGGCUUCAGCCUUUUUUUUUUUUCUCAAUAGCCCACAUUCGAUUUAUCAAAAUUCUAACAUGACUCCGAAGUUUUAGGGAGAAAAUUGCAAAUUUUUCACCACUCGAUUGCCUCGCAAUUCCCAGAAGAGACUUGAGCACAAAGAAAACCAAACAAAACAAGAAAAUGACCCGAAAGCCUCGGAGUCAUGCUAAAAUUUCAGUAUAUCGAACAUGGGCUAUUCUUUAUAGCCAAAAAGGAUGAGGGCCGCUUUCUUUGCAUGUGGUCAGUCGUCCAAUAACUUUUUCUUUAUUUUAUGAUCGACUUCAGUCGUAGAAUUUAAUGAUUGAAAAUUAUACCAAUUCUUCCUAAUGUGGACAGCAUAGCUGCUUAUGAAUAACUAGCCGGUAGAUUUCGGCCAGGCACUAACUUAAAAAAUAACUUACAAACUAAUUUGCUGGUCUUUUCCUUUUUUCUUAGUCGAAUGUCCUACGUGUUUCGAAUGGUCCAAGAAAGCUUGUCUGGAGAAUAUCAAGGUGAAGAAGUGUAAACCCGAUGAAUUUUGUGUGGGAUAUAAAGGAAUAUCGUAUAUUAUUGCAUGUACAAAUAGAGAAAACUACAUCAAGGAUAAAGAGGAAUGCAAACUCCCUUAUUGUACUAAGCUGGCGUCCUGCUAUGGUCCCCUCUGUGUGCCGGAUAUAUUCAACGAGUGAUGCAAACUUUUCGAGAGUUACUUCUCAUCAUUUCUUAAAAUUCCUUAACCUUUUCCACAACAUGUGUAAUAUUUUAUCGUAUUUACUAUAAACAAACUUUCAGUCGUGUGAUUUUCAAAUAAAAUUGACAUAAUCAGGAACAAUUUUAAAUUAUUCACUACCUUUUUUUUUAAGGGAGAAUUUGACUGUUUUGGUUUUGAAUUUUUUGAAGGGAGUGAAGUUACUCCUGGGCUAAUUGAGGAUGAAAGAAAUAAGGGGAGAAAAUAGUCUAGUUAAACCCCACUUUAUAGACGCCUACUUAGUAUGGACACCUUAUUAUUACGAACCUUUUCUUUGUCACUGGAAAAGAAAGCCCGGCUUACAUUUUCUCUAACAUCAACCUGCUUAAUACGGACACCUCAGUAUUACGGACAGCUUGCUGUAUCCCUGGGGAAAUAAAGCCCGUACAUUUACUCUAAAUUCAACCCGCUUAAUACAGACACCCCGUUGAUACGGUCACCUCAUUCACGGACAGUUUGCUUUGUCCCUGGGGAAAGGAAGCCCUUACAUUUUCUCUAAAUUCAACCCGCUUAAUACGGACACUUGUAGACACAAAUGGGUUUCUGGGCACCUCAUUGUGGUAGCAGCCAAGCGGGGAAGGGGAGGGAGGGCGGGUAGCAGAAUGUAUCUGUGUAUCUGGUCUUUGUUAGCUAAUUAUUAUUCACUUCAAGUUCUGAUUUCUCUUCAGAUCUAAAAUAGUUUCCCCUGGAUGCUCCGUUCCUUCAUUCUUCUUCAUUAGAACCACUUGUAAAAAUUAUGUAUCAAUUUCCACCCAUUAAUUGUGCUAAGGGCUUCCAAAUAAUUCAGGUAUUUUUUGUCGUUUGCCGAAAUCUCGGAGAGGGUUAAAAGAAAAGUGCUGAAAUAUUCUAAUCACCAUUUUACACCGGCACUGCCCUCACCGUAACCCCACCCCCCCCCCCCCCCCCCCACCACCCCCCACCAACCCCCCCCCCCACCCCCCACCCCAAACACACACACCCACAACCUCUCACCACUCAACACACAAUAAAAACUCAACAUAACAACACAAAUACAAAAAACAAUUUAAAAAAUUUUGUUCACUUUUCCCCCCCAUAUUUGUGCAAAUGGCUUCAAAAUAUUUAGGGUAUUUUUUUUCUUUUGCCAAAACUCGGGGGGGGGUAAAAAAAAAAGGGCUAAAAUAUUCUACCCCCCUUUUUCCCCCGCCACUCCCCUCCCCCUACCCCCCCCCCCCCCCCGCCCCCUUUCCCCCAAUAAAAACAUUGAAGAUCCUUUUUUUCCAAUACAAUACUACAAUUUUUUUCAAAGCAUUCAAAACAAAAAAUAAUUGUUCAAACGAUGCUUUGGAAAAAGAGUUUAUUAAUGAGAGCUCGGACCAGUUGUUAAAAUUCUUCCCCAAAAAACCUUAAAAUAUUCAAUAAAUACUAAAAAUCAAAUGUUUAGAGUUACACAAAAAAUAGGUGAUUUUAGAUUUAAGAAACAAUUGCAAACAGAAAAUAAGUAUAACAAAAAAAUAUUGGCCAGUUUCAAAUUUUUGAAAUUCAUGAUUAUCUCCGAGGCUGAGGGGAAAAAAACAAAAGACAUUUUAAAAUCAUUAACCCCUGAAUCUCAAAGGGAUUUUUUUGUCUUAUUCCGAUCAGCUUUGGAACCAAGUAUGAAUUUUUAUAAUUCGAAACUGGCCUAUUUCUUCUUAGUUUAGCAGUCGCCCCAUGAAAAAUUGAAAACAAAGCUUAUGCGAAAUUUUGAAGGGCAAUUUUUUUAAACAUGGUGUAUUAUGUGCAUGGUGGACAAUAAACAAGCAAAGCUUUUGAUCAAAUUGGGCAAAAUAUCAGUAUUGGGUUAAGAGAAGGGUGGUUGGGCAGUUUCCAGUCUGCCUGUUGCUAUAAAGGAAAUAAAGCGCAGGCCGGUAAACUUUAUAUCGCUCCUUUUUUCCGUGUUACCAGAGUUUUUCUGUAUAGGCGUCACUUGCUUACAGGCUGAGGUUUUUCUUAAAAUUUUGUUCGAAACAAAACUUGAACGAAGUUUUUAUUAAAAACAAGCAGUAGGCAACUAAUCUCAAGCAAGUCUGGCUACUGAAUAACACACAAUUGUAGUCAGGCGGGGUUAAGGAAGCUAAAUUGACUUUUUUGGAAAUGACAUGUACUCCGUCGUGUUGUCAUUGACCGACCGGCCGAAAAUCAGUGGUCUAAUCAAAGGGAAAAAACAUGGACACUCAAGCAAAGGCUUUUGAAAAAAUCUGGAGGAAUGGAUUUAUCUAAUCUCUUUUUUAUCCAUGAUCAGCUACUCUACAGCUGUACAGCUGUAAAUUUUAAUAAUAGUACAAUGUAGCUACAGAGGGCGACUGGGGAACCUGCUAUGAACCCCACCCACAACACCCACCCCCCACUCCCUUCCCACUUUGACACCUAAAAACCUAAUCAGUCCACGUACAACUAGCACAUUGUCAGCUUAAGUUAAGUUAAUUUCACGCAGUUAGUAACCAAUUGCAAGGACUGUGAAAGGGCCACCGAAAAAAAAAACUUCAGGGUCGAGUUCUUCAAAACUGGGUUAAGAUAACCCAGGGUUAGUGCGAGAUUUGGAUUCAGAUUUGAAAGAUUAAAAAGCAUUUCAGUUUUAAUUAUUUUUCUCUACAAGUUGAUGAUUGGAAGCUCUAAAAAUAACAGAGAGAAUUAUCCGAGAAAAUGCUUUUGAACAUAAGGAAAAGAAACCUGGGUUAAAUUUAACCCCGGGUUAAGCGUUAAUCGGCCUUCGAACAACUGGGCCCUCAGGAUGGUACCGCCGUAAAUAAAUGGCUAAAAGAAAUGGAGGUUUGUCGCCAUGGGUGGUUGACUUAGUAAUUUAAAGCUGUUUUGGUCCUGGCGAUUUUGGACCAACAGAGUCAUGUUGAAUUAGCGGGGGCCUAAGACACGCUUUAAAAAGUGAAUUCGCGGUUUUUUUCAAUCAUCAUCGCGAUUAUUCCAAAUCGCUCAUUUUGUCAAAUGUAUGCGAACUUUUCUGGAGUUGAACUGAUUCUAAGAGCUUUAUACAACUUCAGAAAGAGAAAGAAAAAUUCGUCGUUGCUUAUUCAGUUACGUCCUACAAAAAAACAUAGGCACUUUCACGUCGUAGUCGUGCCGUGUCGGUAAAGAAAUGUACAAAAAAAAGUGUGAUGCACGAACAACGUUGUUGUUUUAUUUAUUAAACCUAAUGCUUUUUUGACGUUCUCGUUUCCGUCCUUGUCUUCGGAUCAUAAGGUCCCUCCUACCUGACUGGGAAUUCAAGGUUCUAAAAAUUAGGACCCAUUUGAUGACAUAGAUUCAUUUGGUCUCAUUUCUUUUUGAAAGGAUUGCACAAAUUUUAGUACAAUGCAAUAAAGUAAAAAAUCUUCAUUCGCAUUUUUUCCAAAACACGCCCAACUUAAAACAUUAGUAAAGCUGCUAACAGCUGUUUAGAUAUCGUAUGAUAAUUGCUGGUUGUUGUACAACAUUCAACAGAAUGAGCCAAUGAAUCCAAUAAGAGGUUUUGAUUGUUCAAUUAGCAGUCUGUUGACCUUUCCUUCAAGGUUAUUCCGCAUUGUGCAGUAAAGUGAAUGGCAGCUCAGUUGGCUUUAAAAUAUUUUGCGCACUGGCUUUAAUAUAUUUUUAAAACAUCUGGUCUGCAUAAUUGGAUUUAUUGAACUCAAAGUGGACGAGAAGACUAGAAUGUUUGCUGCUACAAGUUAAAGCAUGUUUCCUUUAAGAUUGAUCCUGGAUUUGAUUUAAAAACCCCCAUGUUACGGCGGUGUUUGCCCAGAGGUACCAAGGACAACAAACACGCCCUCUCUCCAUCACGAGUGACGAUGCUUUACUUACUCUUUGUUAUAGCAAUGAGUAACACAAACUGCGCCAAUGCCUCGCUAGGUAAGACUGGCAAAGAUAACAAAGUGACUAACAAACAUUCUCAUAAAACCGAGGUCAAUUUGAGCAGUGACGUACCUCAUCGGGAAGUUAAAGUCACCUUAAUGUUUGCAAUUUCAAUGGAGGUGUAUAGCAUAACAACGCCUCAAACGUCAGUUUUUGCAGAAUUAUAAUGUAACAACAUCAGAAGUUAGGAACUCCCAAUAAUUUCUUUCAUACUUAAAUAAUUUUCUAGUUCAUUCAGUCCCUCACUUUAAUUAAGUCGCAAAGUCUAUUUACCGUUUAUAUUUAGUCGAUUAUUUGACAUAUGAUGCUUCUACCCGGAAAACUAUAUGCCAAUAUGUACCGUUCUCCAUACAAUCGUCAAAAUGGACUCGAUAGCCUUCCUGACGGGGACCACCUGGACGAUCACAUGAAAACCACAGGGGCACCCAACGACAAUUUUCGGAAAAGUAUCUGUUCGGAAGACAAUUUGAGAUCUAGAAUUUUCGGAACAUUUGUUGUCAAAUUUUUUGCUUGCCUGCCUCUCCUAGGAUUUUCGAACAUCUAAAAACUACUAUAGUUGCCCAUUUUUAACGGAUUUUUACCCUUAAAAGGUCACCUAGAAUUUUCGGGAGCCUUUUUUCUAGCUGAAAUUUUCGAAAAGGUAAGUUUUGAUCCCUAUAAUUAUCGGAUCACUAGACUUUCAGCUAGGAAAUCCGAACAGAUGAAAAAAUUUAGGGGAUAAAAAUAUGCCUAUAUCUACCGUUUAAAUACUAAAAUACGUUUAACAAUGCUAUGUUUAAGUGGUUUUGAACUAUAUUCUCGUUGGGUGCCGCUGAAAACCAAGCCAAUGUAUGAAGAGUUUAUUCUAUCCCAUUGCCCCAAGGCAACUCAUUGGGUCUCCCAGCCAUUAGAUCUGAGUAUGAGUAUCGGAUAAUCUCUUUCGCCUGAAAUCAUUUUGAUACGACUCGGGAGAUGGAGACGAUCGGGACGAUUAUGCUAUGACUUGUAGUUAUUAUUUACUUAUACAAUGUAAAAGUUGUAGCAUAUCUGGCUUUAUCUCUUGUUUAACAGAAUGCGGCUCGGUGGUAAACAAUUCACUAAAAAGUCCAGGGUAUCCAGACGAAUACCCCAGUCAUAUGGACUGCAUCUAUUCCGUUCCAAUUCCAGCAGGGAUGACCAUGAAUGUUUAUUUUGCUGACUUUGAUGUGGAAUAUGAUCGCUUCUGCAGGUAAGAGAGAAUGGAUCGUAAAUCAAAACAUUAGAAAAUCUAAUAUUUUUGGUCACAAUAUAUGUAUAUGCCUGAGGAAGGCUUUUUUGAAUAUCGGCUCCACUGAGCACUCCUGUAUAUGGAAUGAUUAACUGGAAGAGAAUGUUGGAAAGUGUAAAAGAGAUUGUUGGAUGGCAAAGCUCAUAACAGCCACUCGUGAUUGCAAUACAUUUUCAGUUUAAGCGCCGAUUAAGUGGCUGAAUUUGCAUUUUAAAGAAAACGCUCUAAAUGAUUUAUACAUUAUUUCAAGCUGUAGAUGUUUUUAUUUUCGGUUAACCGUUCAUGUUGUGUAGGGCCUGGUUGGUCAAAGCUAGGGCCUACGCCAAACUCAUUAGCGAGUUAAGUUCGUGAAAAGUUCGACAUCUGGCUCAGCUAAGUUCAUUUAAAUGAGAUUGGAUCGUCCAACACGUUCCAUCCGUCUGCUUUAGACGGAUAGAACGUCUGAAGAUCGUCCAAGGGACAAACGUCGAUCUUCACAUGCGACGAACUAAACUAAUAAAUAAAAAAUUUGUAUGAUAAUGUAUAUUCAGCCUCGUUGGGGAGAAAAUUUAUUAAAAUUGCUUUUUGGGCUGAUUCAGUUGAUUGGUUCGACGCGUCCUAAGUUCGACGUCUGACCCAACAGACGAUCUUAACUUAAUUUAGGUCGACCCAAAUUAGAGUUUGGUUCGUCUCAUGAAAAGUUCGACGUUUGGCCUAGCCUAAGUCCUAGGUUAAGAUUACCCAGGGUUAGUACGAACUUUGAAUUCGGAUAUGAAACUGAUCUAGACAAGCAAAGUUUGUUUAAUUGUCUACAAUUUUGUCAUUGGAUUCUCUAAAAAGAUAGAAAAAUUAUUCCAGGCAAUGCCUUUGAACAAAAAAGAAAGAAACCGGGAUUAAAAUAACCCUGGGUUAGCGCAAAUCGGCCUUCGAACAACUGGGCCCAGACGUUUAUACUGAGCACUUGCUGCACAACCACGUUACAAGGCCGCCAUAUUGGUUGAACAAACAAUUUUUUUUUCGUACAAUUUACAUGAAAAAAGAGUUUGGUUCAAACGAAGGGAAUCGCCUUAAGUUUCUUUUUCAACAAAUAUGGUCACCGUGACGUCAGCUGCAAACCAGCGACAUGUCCGCCAAUCAAGUGACUUCUCGGCCUCGGGCAUUAUCCUCCGAUAACAGCCCAGCCAAUUUUGUUAACUUGUGUCGUGGCCCGUGUUGCGGGAUCGCCAUCUUCUUUACAGGGCCAGCAGGGGCAUAAAAAAUUAGUUCAUUUUAUUCUCUAGAAUAGGCAACGUCUAUUCUCCAGUGGUAUAGGAAUAUUUGCCUAGCUUUUAAUCUUUUCCCCGACCUCUCUUGUUCGAAUAACUAUGGGGUCCCUUGCAAAUUCGCAUAAGCGACCCGAAGCCCUCACCAGUUGGUAAGUGACGUCUCACUGGCCGUUGAUGAAUCGAUCACAGACAAACACAUGAGAUGGCCCCUCCCUCCUGUAAAGAUCGCUUUGUCUAACCCAGUGUGUAACAUUUCUGACUUAUCCUUUCCUUUAGCUAUGAUUAUGUGAUAAUUACAAAUGAGAAAGACUUCACGUUCGGCGAGUAUGUAUACUGUGGUCAGCGAACGGGGCAAACUGUUCUUAUCACUGGACGCUUAGCAGUGAUAUAUUUCUACUCAGACAACGCUGUUGAAGAGAGGGGAUUCCUCCUUCUAUUUAGCAUUACUCCACACGGUAUGUAUAAUAUAACAGAGUAACAGGAUCAAAUACUAUUUAAACUUGCAGGGAUGCUAGUAUUAGAAUCAGUCUACGGUCCAGUCCCCUAGCCUGUUCCGGGCUCCGAUCGCGAGAUGGUCAGGUCCGCGAAAUUGAGAAAGAGCAAACACGAAAAUAAAAUGGGAGGAAACUGGGGAGAGGAAGGGCGGCCCGCCACUGGCCCCUCUGUUCCCAGAUCACGGGCUCCUUUUUCGCCUGCCUUUCAAUUGUGCGUCAUCCCUACAAUCUGAGAGCUUGUUCCAGGCUCUGCCUCUCCAAACUGUGAAGACAUUUCUGGACGCUAAGGAUAUCUUGUUGCUUCUACUGUUUAUAAUUCAGUCAUGAUAUAGCAUAGGUCAUGUUUAUAUGUCAGUAUAUUUGCCUUGCAUUUUUGAGUGAAAUCACAUUUUCUAUAAUAAAAACAAAUGGAAACCGUUAAUACGGACACCGAUGGGACAUGCCGCAGUGUCCGCAUUAAGCGGAUUAAUUUUAGAGAAAGUAUAUGAGUUUUUUUUUUUCCGCAGUGAAAAACGAAACUGUCCGUUAUAUACAGGGGUCUGUAUUAAGCGAGUGUCCGUAAAGAGGGGUACUACUAUACCUCAAUUACUAAUCUUUGCUUAGUCAAGUUGAAAAGUCUCUCCUUUGUAAGCAAAAGUUUUAGUCGAUAACUUUUUAGAGGGUGUUUGCAGUACAGCCUUAACGUUGAAAAAGAUCGAUAAUAGAGAUGAAAUAACUAUCUUUUGUCAAUAUGUAUAAUCAGAGAUUUCAGCGAAGAGUAAGAUCUGAUGAAUACAUGCUUCAACUUCAACUUUUUUGCUUUAUAAAAUUUACUUCAAAUUAAUUCAAGUCUAGCCGAAUUUUUGAAAACGUUACCGCCAGAAGACUAGGUAGAAUGGUUACUGAGAAGUAUGUGUAAUCAAAUGGUGACAAGUGAAAUCAGAGAAUAAUUUCACGCUGGUUUUGUCCGGCACUGAAAGUUUUAAAGCUUAAAUCUUGGCUUAAUUUAUAAGUUCAUCCUUUUUCACUCCUUUCAGAUGUGCUCUUUUAAAUUUGUGUGAGUUGAGUCACUCAUACAAACUUGCACUCUUAUUCUUAAUUUAUUUUGUUUUUUGUGUUUAUCAUCAGCACCGCCGAAAAUAAUUCUACCGGCAUCAGCUCCUGUUAUUCGAGUAUUACCAGGCUUCCGAAUGACGUGGUCUGCUACAGGAAGUCCCCCUAUAUACACUGCACUGAUAAGGAAUACUACAUUACUGGCAAAUACAUCAGGCAGCAUGACAGUGCAGCUACAUGAGGAAGGGAACUUCACCUGCGUAGCCACAAGCGAGUAUGGGACAGACGUGAAGCAGUUCUCGGUCGUCUUAUCCGGUUAA